AUGAGCAACUUUAAUAUUGACAAUCCCUUUUCACUGGAUACUUUGCGUAACACGCUUAUUCGUCUCGAAGAUACUAUUAUAUUCGCGCUCAUUGAGCGGGCUCAAUUUGCCAUGAACCGAUGUAUCUACAUUCCUGGUGCACUGGAAUUCCAGGGUGCCACAGGCGAUCGAAGCUUUCUCGAGUUCUUUUUAUGGGAAACCGAAAAAGUGCACGCCAAAGUAAGAAGAUACACAAGUCCGGAUGAAUACGCCUUCACUUCACCUUUGCCGGAACCGAUUCUGCCACCUUUACAGUUCAAAGAAUUCCUUUUCCCCAACGAUAUCAAUGUCAAUGAGGAAAUUAUGAAGAUUUACACCAAGUCCAUUGUUCCUGAGAUUUGCCAAGAUACGGAUGAUCAGAAUUAUGGUAGUUCUGCCACCAAGGAUAUUGAAUGUCUUCAAGCACUGAGUCGUCGUAUUCAUUACGGCAAAUUUAUUGCGGAAUCGAAAUUUAGAUCGAAUCCGGAGGAUUACACUCGAUUGGCGCUAGCCAACGAUCGUGAUGGCAUUUACGAGUUGUUAACGAAUCGAGCGGUAGAAAAGAAGCUGUUGGAGCGACUUGGACGCAAAGCUUUGGUGUAUGGUCAAACCCUUGACCAGGAACAAGUGGGGUCCAACACACAUUUACGUAUUCCAAUCAAGGUGGUUGUCGAGUUAUAUGAACGGUGGGUGAUUCCCCUGACGAAACAAGUAGAAGUCGAUUAUCUGAUCCUGCGAGGCACCCAAGCAGCUGCUGCGAAAUAA